UCGCCACAGUGACCAGCAUGAAUUCAGCACCCAAGCCUCGGAAGGCAUUUAUUGUCCUGAGAGAGUUUACGACUGGCAGGCACAAAGUGGCCCCGGGGUCCGUAGGUGUCUUCCUAGACAGCGAGCAAACUCGUGGGCGUAUCCUGGAUCUUCCAUCCCGCCCAGAAGUAUCUCUUAGGAGGAAUGCUGUGCAUGUUCUGGGAAGGAGAGACUGCGCCUUCUUGUACGGGAUUGGGUCACUACCAAGACGGCUUCAUCUCCUUUCCAACGAGAAGUUAUUUGCUGCCGUCGGCGGAUUACAAAUUAGUGACGUUGUCAAAGUCAGGUACCAAGGUUAUGCCGCAGUGGGUGUGGCCAUCGCUAUCUGGGAACUUUCAGCUAAAUCGGGACUCUGUGAACUUACCAAGUUGUUGAUAGAAGUGCAGUUACUGGAUGGGGAAUGCAAUAGUAACGUCACACCAUUGAUAAAGAUUGAUGCUGGUGAUGUUCUGGCAGUCAGCUCUAGCGUACAGCGUCAUCCACAAUGUAGAGACUUCGGACACAGGCUGGAUGAGAAAGAUAUUCACAGUGUAUUGGAGGACAGUUUGAAGGAUCACCCCCCAAUACGUGAAUGUGAUGUUCUAGUGAAGAUAGUUGGACAGAGGAAUGGGAUUCAGGGACACUACAACUCCUGUUACCUGGAUACCACCCUUUUCAGCCUGUUUGCUUUCUCCUCUGUUCUGGAUCACAUCCUACGCUCUCCAGAUGUCUGUGAUGCCAAAGUGCAACGUAUCCUAAGGGAAGACAUUGUGAACCCACUCAGAAGGACUGGAUUCGUACAUGCUGAAAAUGUAAUGAAGCUCAGAAAACUGCUGCGAUGUGAUUCAUUUGUUACAGACGAGAAAGAUCCUGAAGAAUUCUUAAGUGCCUUAUUACAUGAAGUACUUGCCGUGGAACCACUACUGAAAAUACGUUGUAAUGGCAAGACCCAAGAGAGCAACAGCUAUCAAAUAAUUGUGGAGAGAGAUGGAACACUAAAAGUUCCCAGCGUCCAGACAUUGAUGGAAAGAUCAUUUCAAUCGUAUGAAGACCUCAAAUUUGACCAGGUUCCAUCCUGUCUUAUCCUUCAGAUGCCAAGAUUUGGAAAAAAGUUUAAGAUGUUUCCUUAUAUUUUUCCUUCCCUGGAACUGGAUAUCACUAAUAUGCUCUACACAAGAAGCCAGGUUUGUUGUCUCUGCCUAAGUCCUGCAGAGUAUGAAUGUGUUCAGUGCGUUGCAGAUCCCCUCACUACAGAUGGCCACAUUCGCCAGUUCUGUCAAUUUUGUGAAAGACAGGUUCAUUCACACAAACAGAUGAGUGACCACAGGCCUACUAGGCUGAAAAUCCAGAGCGGAGCUUCAACUACACAACAAAAACUGGAGCUGUUGGCAGUUCUCUGCAUCAAGACCAGUCACUUUGUGUCCUUUGUGAAAUAUGGACCGGGCAAAAACUCCUGGGUGUUCUUUGACAGCAUGGCAGGAAAGAUAGGCAAUGGAAUUGGUGCAAAUGUCCCCAUGGUCCGAACCUGUCCACAACUUGGGGAUUAUCUGUCAAUGUCGGAGGAGGAAUUCAGUGCUUUAGACUUCACAAAGUUGGACACCCUUUCUAAGAGAUUUUUCUCUGACAAUUACAUGUGCAUCUACCAGAGCCCAGAAGGCUGCAGGCAAGGCGGCUGAUGCUCCAUCUUCAGCGAUAAAGAAUACUGUUUGGACAAACGU